AUGCCUGACGUUAGCAAGAAGAAGGAGCAUACAGUUCAUGCAGAUGGGCAGUAUGAGGUGCUUCUUCCAGUCUCGCUGCCUGACGAAGGUGGUUUCGAUUGGUUAGAUCAGCUCCUUGGUGCCACAGGUGAGGGACUGGGGGUCAAAGAUUUCACGUAG